AUGAACUAUACAUUGUAUACAAAUGUGCCAAUCAAUAUGUUACUAUUCGGCACUCUUCUCUCACGACAACUCACGAACGGCAGUGAGGCCCCGUUCAGCGGAGACAAUGGGAACAUCACGAAUGGCUUUUUUCUCAACACAUUUGGAAUGGCCGGAAACUUAAACUGGAUCAUUUUUACAGGGUGCCUCGUAAUGCAAUUAUUCAUAAUUGUGGCCAACUGUCUAAUGAUGGCCACCGUCCUGAUAAGCUCAGAGCUGCACGGGUCCAUGUACGUCCUCCUCUGCAGCCUGGCAGUGGCCGACAUCACCGGCAGUGCGACCAUCAUCCCCAAGCAGCUGCAGAUGCUGGCGAGCGACAGCAACGAGAUUUCCUACGCGGCUUGCAUGGCCCAGGUUUUCUUCAUGAACAUGUAUAUGUGCAACGAAACGCUCUCCCUGUCGUUCAUGUCAAUCGACCGAUACCUGGCCAUUUGCAAACCACUGCGCUACCACGCCAUCUUCCCCGUGAAGAGGUCGUUGCAGAUAUUGGCACUGGCUUGGUUCUCCACGGCCGUCGUUAACGCGACUCUGUCUGUGCUCAUCGCGAGGCUGAAAAUAAACGGGGACAACAGAUUCAUCGAGAGCCCGUUUUGUUACAACAUGGCCAUUAUUCUCAUAGCUUCCUCUGACACAGGUGCCAGCCAUAAGUACUUGUCGGCAAUCCUGUUGACCUUUGUGGGUCUGCCACCUCUAACGCUAAUGUACUCCUUUACCAAGGUCUGCUUUGAGUUCAGGAAACCAACAUCACCUAAGCUGAGCAAGAAGGCCAGAGACACGCUGGUAACUCAGCUGAUUGUCACCCUCGUUUAUUUCAUCUCCAUCGUGACUGUAAUCCUCCGACUACGAAUCGCGCAAUUUAACAACAGCAACGUCCAUUUCAGGAACAUAAAUCACACCCUCAAAUUUUCCAUCUUCCUGCAACCGGUGGCGAACAUUGUGACGUACUGCCUGCGCGUCACCGCUUUGAGGAGAGCGAUGGUGAGAUCUUGUCAGAAAUGUGCCAUUGGAAUUCUUUGUCUUUUGCAGCCUCAGAGAGUGUGGGCUGCAGUCUGAGGUUGGUUAUUGGAAAAAAAACAUGUUGCCAUUGUUGACGAAGGCACAUCUCACAUGGCUCUGAAUUCACGAAUCCACAUUCGUUCAUUUAGGCAACUGCGCAACACUACAUUGGACAACUACGAUCUAGAGAAAGCUUGAAUUCGAAAUCUUUAUAAACCAAGGUUCAGUUCCGUCAUACAAAUAAUCAUCUGAAUGCCCCAUGGAAGUGAAUGUGCAAUACUUACCCUCAAGGAUCCUUCACUCGCUCCAAGUAUCCAAACGACAGAGGUUGCUGAAAAAUUGUUACUCAUUAGCGUUCGGUCACAAUACUAUGCAGCUUUCACUAUAGUCGAGCAUGAAACUUAAAAAAAAUGUUUUUAUAGAUUUGUGAAAUGUUACCCUGGUAUAUGGCAAAUCAGAGUCAAAGUGAUGUAUUUUCAUUCAGCGUGAGGCCUGUUUACAGCCCAAAGCCAGAUGUGUAAAUUCCACAUUGAUAUGGUGGAUAGUUUAUAUAUGUCUACCUCUGUUUAGCCCACAAAGUGGUAAUUGUUUCGUCGACCCAAGUGUGAAAUAUAAAAUAACUUUUUAAACAGGCGAGUCAAAAAAUUAUAUUUUUUUCAGCAGGUCCCUGCAUUGCGGUGUUAAGUCAACAGCAAUGACAUUGCGUUUUCAGCUGUGGGAAUUAACCAGAAAACCUGGAAGAAACUCAUGCCGUACAGGGGGAGAACGUACAUAUUCUACAAAAAAAGGCGUGCGCGCUAUGUUAGGAACCAAACCCAGGUCUUUCUUGCCGUGCGGCACAAUUGUUAGCACUGCACCACCCAGCUGGAUUAAACCAUAGCCAGGAUUUGAACUCGUAAGCUUCCACUGCACGACCACGCUGGGGGUAGCAC